AUGAAGGAACUUGGGGAGCUCAAGCACUUCCUUGGACUCGAAGUUGACCGAACAGAGAAAUGUUUAUUUCUUGGUCAACAAAAGUAUGCAAAGAAUCUAUUACAAAAAUUUGGAAUGUUGGACUGCAAGCCAAUAUCAACUCCAAUGGAGGUGAAUGCUAAGCUAUCUGCAUAUGAAGGAAAAGACUUGGAGGAUGCUACUAUGUACCAACAAUUGGUAGGAAGUCUUAUCUAUUUAACACUGACGCGGCCAGAUAUUUCAUUUGCAGUUGGAGUUGUAAGUCGGUAUAUGCAAAGUCCAAAGAAACCUCACUUGGAAGCAGUCCGACGAAUAUUAAGGUACGUUAAAGGCACUAUAAACUUGGGGCUUCUAUAUAAAAGAGGAGAGGAAUGCAAGUUGGUUGGUUACUGUGAUGCCGACUAUGCUGGAGAUCAUGAUACACGACGAUCGACUACUGGAUAUAUAUUCAGUCUUGGUUCAGGAGCAGUAUCUUGGUGCAGUAAAAGACAACCAACUGUGUCUCUGUCAACUACAGAAGCAGAAUAUAGAGCAGCUGCUAUGGCAGGCCAAGAAGAAGAUCAAGCGGCAGACUUAUUCACUAAAGCACUCAAUAUUACCAAGCUUACAAAGUUAAGAGAAAUGCUCAACAUGGUGAAUAGAGAAUCAAUCAAGAGAGUCGACAUUGAGGGGGAGUAUUGA